GAGGGCCUCGGGAGUGCAGGCGGCGAGGCCAAGUGUGGGCGCCUGGGAGCGGAGCCCCCGGGGGCGCCCGAGCUCCGCGGCUCAGGUUACCUGCGGCGGUGGGCGGGGCGGGCUUCCCGUCUGCGCCGGCCCCUAGCCUCCCGGGCAGCAGAGCCGGGAAGUGGGACAGGGAGCGAAGUAGGCGGAGACUGCCCAGGCUCCAGCCCGGCCGGGCUCCGUGGCGAGGGGCUGUAUGGAGCUGCCGGCGCGGGUCUGUGGGCUGUGGGCGCUGCUGCUGGGCGCCGGCGUCGGCGCCGCGCCCCCAGAAACUCAGCCACCAGUGACGAAUUUGAGUGUCUCUGUUGAAAACCUUUGCACAGUAAUAUGGACAUGGAAUCCUCCUGAGGGAGCCAGCCCAAAUUGUAGCCUAAGAUAUUUUAGUCAUUUUGAUGACCAGCAGGAGAAGAAAAUUGCUCCAGAAACUCAUCGUUCAAAAGAAGUCCCCCUAAACGAGAAGAUCUGUCUUCAGGUGGGGUCCCAGUGUAGCACCAAUGAAAGUGAGAAGCGUAGCAUUUUGCUGGAAAAGUGUAUCUCACCCCUGGAAGGUGACCCUGAGUCUGCUGUGACCGAGCUUCAGUGCAUCUGGCACAACCUGAGGUUAAUGAACUGUUCUUGGCUCCCUGGAAAGAAUUCAAGUCCCGACACUAAUUAUACUCUCUUUUAUUGGCAUAGCAGCCUGGGAAAAAUUCUUCAAUGUGAAAACAUCUAUAAAGAUGGUCAAUACAUUGGUUGUUCCUUUGAUCUGAGUAAAGUGAAGACUUCCAGUUUUGAACAACACAGUGUCCAAAUAAUGGUCAAGGAUAAUGCAGGAAAAAUUAGGCCAUCCUUCCAUAUAGUGCCUUUAACAUCCCGUGUGAAACCUGACCCUCCACAUAUUAAAAAUCUGUUAUUCAAAGAAGGUACCUUAUAUGUGCAAUGGAAGAAUCCACCAAAUUUUGAAAGCAGAUGCUUAUCUUAUGAAGUAGAAGUCAAUAAGAGCCAAACUGAGAUACAUCGUCUUUUCUCCACUGACGAGGAUGGAUGUCAGAAUGCAGUGUUUGAGAGAAACAUGAACGAUACAACUUGUUUCAUGGUCCCUGGUGUUCUUCCUGAUACUUUUUACACAGUUAGAAUAAGAGUCAAGACAAAUAAAUUAUGCUAUGAGGAUGACAAACUCUGGAGUAAUUGGAGUCAAGUGAUGGGUAUAGGUAAGAAGCCCAAUUCCACAUUCUACAUGACCAUGUUACUCAUCAUUCCAGUCAUCAUUGCGGGUGCAAUCAUUGUCCUUCUGCUUUACCUGAAAAGGCUCAAGAUCAUUAUAUUCCCUCCAAUUCCUGAUCCUGGCAAGAUUUUUAAAGAAAUGUUUGGAGACCAGAAUGAUGAUACCCUGCACUGGAAGAAGUAUGACAUCUGUGAGAAACAAUCCAAAGAAGACACUGACUCCGUAGUGCUGAUAGAAAACCUGAAAAAAGCCUCUCAGUGAUUGGGAUAAUUUAUUUUUGUUUCCAGUGUAACCUUGUGAAGAUUUGUCAUAUUCUCCAUUUGUUAUCUGGGGACUCAUCAAAUGGAAACUGAAACUAAUGGACCCUUUAAAAACAGGCAGCUCAUAAGAGCCACAAGUUUUCGUGUGAAUCAUACACCAAAAAUCUAAAAAUAAUGGGCCUUUUGGAGAUGAGAAAAGAGUCAUUCUUACUGAAUUAUAAAAGCAGACAUCCUUUGCAAACUCUUCAAACUAAGGGAGAAAACAAAAGUGAUGAUAUCAGUAGAGUUUAAUCUCGUUGAGAGCUGUGACAGCUUCCUAAGGGAUCUGUGCUUCAUGCAUAUUCUUUGUGUCAAAUAACACCAAGAAAUUGUAUUUGUAAGGGAACUUAAUUUUGGAUGUAAAUGCUAACAUUGGACAUGACUCACAGAGAAUAUCUAGCAACUAAAAUUGAUAGCGCCUGGUACCUAUUGUUUGCGAUCCCAGUGAACAAUGUUUGUGGCUACUGAAACUCGGAAACAUCUGCUGUGAUAGUAUUUCCCACUUCUUUGAAAGUCCCAGAAAUCACUGUUGGCCAUGACAAUUAAAUCUAAUUUUAAAAAGUAGAGGCAGCUUCUUUACCAAGACCAUUCCAUGCCAUCGCACGCUUUUAAAUGCAAUGGAGCAGAAUGACUCACUGGCCAUUAGAAAUUGAGCGAAGGUAUCUCUAGUGAUGUGUUUUUCAUUAUUUCUGUUACUCAGAUCAAGUGUUGGCUAUAUGUUUGGCUUGUGUGUGAUUUCCAAGUGUGAGGGACACACCUCAUACUGGGUUUACAGUCUAGUUGGGACUGCUCAGUUCUUAUCACUUCCUUUAUUUCCAACCCGUCAUUUCUCAGAAUUUUCCACUUCUCUGCUUCCAUAUCCAUAUUCCUUUAUUUCCUUUUCCUCAUUCCUUUCGCUGUGAUCUUUUGAAUUUCAUUGGAAAUUAGGAAAUAAAUCUGCUCAGAACACCAAAGGGAGCAGAGUAGAAUUUGCAUCUCAGGUACAGUGUGAAUAGACUGAGAAACAGUGACUAAUUCUUAAAUAUUUUAUAACUUCCAUGUGAGUCUGCAAUUGUUGAGGGUUUUCAGUAUUCAAUGUUUAUGCAUUUUCUAAAGUGCAAUGAGAUAUUAUCUUCACUUAGAACUUAGCUAUUUACUUGAAAAAAUGUAUAAUUGUGUUCAUUUCUCUGUCUAUAAAAUGGGCCCAGGUUCCUCUUUUCCCUGCCACAAAUGGUUAGUAGAUUUUAUGUGUUAUAAUAUUGAUAGUCAGGGCUCCAGCAUAUAUACUCACAUUCUCCCUCAUUCCCACAAUGUAUGCAUAUAUAUUCCUUCUAUUUCCUCCAAAUUUAAAGUAGUAAAUGAGAGGGAUCUCCCCUUCUCUUUCGCACACACACUCAGAUUGCUAGUAGAAAUUUAAGAACAUUGUAUCACAAGUUCUUCAAAGCAUUUACCAGUUCAUAUUAAUAAAAUGUUGCUACUUGCCAUUCCUGUUCUUAGGUCAGGGGCGAUAAAAGGCCCCUGCUCUCCACAGGUUUAGACAAACAUGGCUGCCUGCUUCUAUAGUGGCAGAGCAGCACUGUGCCAUGGCAUUGUUGAGGAAAUUGGAAUGGGUGGUGCUUCCCCACUGUGCUUUUAGUUUACAAGUCAGAUUUUGGUGAGAUACAGGUGUAAUAAGUAUUCAUUUUGUUCUACUCUUUACUAGACAGAAUACUUGGCUUUCUUGUGUAGAAAUGAUAUUGCUUCCUUCUUUAUAAUUCUAAAAAGCAAAACACUGAGAUGUUUCUACCAAAGCCAUUUCUACUCUUAGCCUAUUUUGAUGGCAAUGGGGAGGAGGCUUAGAAAUUCCCAAGGAACUACUGAUGGUGACAGUCAUACAGCCUAUGAGUGGGGAAACUGUAUUUCAUUUCCAUCCUCCUCUUCUGGCAGUAAGACAGCUAAGAGAGAAGGGGGCAAUAAAUUAUGAGAGUACCUACAAUUGUUAAGUUGCUAAAAAGUGAUGCCCAGGUCAUAGGAACUCAUGGAGGCAUUAAUACAUCACCUAUAGGAGAACAGUAGGGUCAUUUUUUACUGUUUUAUCUGACCUGUAUGGUGCCCCCCAUAUACCUAAGAAAACCCAUUAUAAGAAUUGUCAUUCUUACUCUUCUAUUCAGAAAGAUUUUCUGCAUCUGGGCAUUCAAGGUAUAUAUGAAAUGAUGUUAACAUUUUGGUAAUGUCUUGAACUAGGGUCAGUUUUGCUUCUUAUAGGAAUGCUUGAGUAAAAUAAAUAUAAAUUGUCUUUUUGUAUGUAACCAAAAUGUUUUCCUUUGUUCUUAUUUGGGGGAAAGUGUUGUAAGGAGUGGGUGGUGGAGAAAAUUGGACUUAAUAAAUGUUGUUAAAAAUA